GUUGAGAAGAUAAUCGCUAUAAGGACUGAUAAAGACGGUCGAACGUUGUAUAAAGUGAGAUGGUUGGGAUUUGACGAAGCAGAUGAUACGUGGGAACCGUACGAGAAUUUGGCUGAAGAUUGCGAUCGAUUGAUAGAAACGUUCUAUUUGAAUAGCGAAGGAGAGGAGGGCAAUUUGAACGAGAAUCAGAUCGAUGAUGAAUUUGCUGAGGAGUUGAUUGAAGGCGGAGGUAGUCAUGAGGAACUGGGUGAGGGGUUUAUGGACAGUUUGAUUCAAUCAGAGGUGGACGGUACGAUCGUUGUGGCACGAGGACAGUUGCAACAAGAAGAUGGAAUCAGUUAUGAGGAGGAUGGAACGUCAGAGAAAAUCGUUUCGGAAGAAAGUGCAAAACUGGAGGAAUUCAAAGAAGGGCCUAUGGAAGAUGAUGUAUCAGAGCUACAACAGCAACUAAAUGGUCUUAAUGAU